ACGAUCCGAGGUUCUGGAAUUGCAUGCUGAAGAAAUAAGGUGUGAAUCUUCAGAAUUAAAGGAACCUCAGGAAGAUGACUCAAACAAUCCGGGUAUAAUGCAAAAGGAUGCAGAAACUUCCCAAAAUUCUAGUAAGAGAAUAGCUAUGAAGAAAAAUUAGAAUCCAGCAAGAAAGUGGAGAUCAAAAUUGACAAUUCUGAGACAAAUACAGUCUCUUCAAAAGAAGAAAUAAAAAUGGAGGUUGAAGCAGCAAAACCAACAGAAGAUGUAACUAAUGGACAAUCUGCCCCACUUGUUAUUAACAGAAAGAGGCGGUGGGGUUCUCGACCAGUAAAAUUACAAUCUCAAAAGUCUAUAACAAUUUCAACUGAUGUUCUUAAAGAAAUAAUACCAGAUGUCAAGCCUACUGAAUUUGAGGAAGUCAUUGAAGAGAGAAAACAUAAAAGAAUUGAAGUCACAGAAAAAAUUGAAAGACCAGUGUUGCCAAAAAUAAUCAUUGACAAUACAGAUAAUGUUAAUCACAAGAAAGACGUUGAUGAAAAAGACAAGGAAAACGUAAGAAGUUGUGAUACACAAAUAGGUUCAUCAAGAAAAAUUUCAAUUGUAAAAGAAAAUGAUAGUAUUAUUGCAAAGCCACCAAGUCCACCAAGACACCAACAAUCAAAUAUUCUUUAUAUAACCAAUCUGGUCAGACCUUUUACUUUACCACAAUUGAAGAAUUUAUUGCAAAGGACAGGAAGAAUUAUUGAGAAUGGCUUUUGGAUUGAUAAGAUUAAAUCAAAGUGCUUUGUUAUUUAUGAAAAUGAAGAACAAGCUGUUGAAACAAGACAUGCAUUGCACGGAGUGACUUGGCCUGUAUCUAAUCCUAAGUCCUUGCAAGUGGACUUCUCAACACAAGAAGAUUUUGAUAAGGCUAAAGCAAAUGAAGAUAAGAAUAAUGCUCAGGCCUCUACCAUUCCUGGAACUGUUGAAGAUUGGCUUCGGGAGCAAGACAUGAAAAGAGAAAAGGGUGAAACAGACAGACCAUGGGAGAGGAAGGCAGCUAUGCGGGAGUGGGACUUAGGGAAGAACGAAAAGAUUAAAGAGAAAGAAAAACACCCCAGAGAAGAGAGACCAAUAGAUAAACGGAGACAUCGGUCACCUGAAAGAAGCCCUGAACCAGCGCGGAAAUUUAAAAAGAAGGAAGAAGAAGCGCCUGCAAAACUUUUAGAUGACUUGUUCAGAAAAACUAAGACCACUCCUUGCAUAUAUUGGCUUCCACUCUCUGCUGAAACGAUCGCAAUAAAAGAGGAGCAGCGACGGCAGCACAUGGCUGAAUACGAGCGACGAAUGCACGAAUCUCGGCGUCCGCCUCGCAGACAUUAAGCAUGGUCCGUCUGUACAGACAUACACACAUGUAAACACACACACACACACACAUACAUGCAUCUGCAUACCUUGAUACAGUAACCACACAUAUAACCCGACACAUUUUCUUACAAUAUUGCUUUAACAUUUAUUUUCAGGUUAAUAAGUUUUUAUUAAUAGAAGAAUUUAGAUUAGGUUGACACGUGAAGACGCAAGAGAAUGAUGAUUUAAUUUAACGAAAUGUUAUAGAAAGGCUCGCUUGGAGGAAAUCUUAAGGCGCCAAUCGGAGGCUGCGGAAGAUGCAUCAUGUGCUUUUAUUCUGCAGCUCUUGGAUUUAAAGCAGAUUGUUUAAUACGUCGACGAUAUUAAACAAACGUUAUGAAACAAAACAGCUGUUGCAUGUUUUGUACUCAUACAAAGCUAUGGAGCGAGUUGUGACGGCAAUAAUAAAUUUUCUGCGUGGUCACCAAUGCAAGGCUUACUUGAAUCUGGUUAAAACAGCAAAAAUGAAAUAUCAAGAAUUUUUGGAUGAAUCGACGGAAUCGAGAUAGAUGUAGAAGGAAUAAGUCUGGAGUGGAACAAUUAGAACAGUUUUAACUUUUUUGUAGGGAGAAGAUUUAUUUGUAUGAAAUGUGUAACAUUAUACGAGUAAUUGUUCAAUAAAUGUUUCCUGUGAGAA